AUGCUGAAUUGUAUUCGAAAGUUGCUGGGAAUUCGCAAGAAAUAUGAAAUUGACGAACAAGAUACGGAAAUUACGAAACUGUACAAUGCAGUCGUUGUCGCGCGGAAUGAACUUGCUCAUGCUAAAAAGAGGUGGCGCGAAAAUCAGGCACAUAUCACUUGUCUGCGCAAAACAAUUCAUGAUCUGGCCAAAGAACUUAAAGAAACAAAACGGCUGCUCAGUAGAGAGAAAAAAUACAGUGAUUCAUCGGUAUCUCUUGAUACGGAUAUAAUCAUUGAUGCACAGAAUGAGCUGCAAGCGGUAAACGAACAAAUUCGAUUUUUUAGAAGCGUACUGUGCAUGCUAAACACAGCUAAUCAGGUCAAUUUUAGGUGGCGCGAAAAUCAGGCACAUAUCACUUGUCUGCGCAAAACUAUUCACGAUCUGGCCAAAGAACUUAAAGAAACAAAACGGCUGCUCAGUAGAGAGAAUAAAUACAGUGAUUCAUCGGUAUCUCUUGAUACGGAUAUAAUCAUUGAUGCACAGAAUGAGCUGCAAGCGGUAAACGAACAAAUUCGAUUUUUUAGAAGCGUACUGUGCAUGUAUGAACGAGAUACACGUGAACUUCGAGCGCACUAUGCAUCAACAAAUUUGCGAAUGCAGCACAGCGAGAGGUGCAAGGCGCAUUUGCAAACUGCUUGUGCACAAGCGCAAAAUAUCGCCGUUCAGACAUUCCAACAGUUUCAACAAAACAGAGGCAUGAACGAUGCGGACAACGAACCAGAGAAUGCUGCUGCGUAA